GUAAAUUAUUGACAAUGAUCAGGUGUUUCUUUUCUGCACGAGAUCGUCACACAAAAGCAGGUUCUCUAAAGUAAAGUCUGAACAAGCAAGGAUUAAUGAUGGAGAUGGAAAUAGACUGCUCACAGAUGAUAGAUGUUAAGAAGCAAGAUUUCUCCGUGGUACGCAAGAUGAUGAAAGACUAUUGGGAGGAUUGGGCAGCCUACCAGACAGAGAGUGGGACGACAAUGGAGCUAAUGGUUGGAGAAAAGCACUACAACGUAGCAAUGCAGUUCUACGACCUGGAUAGGAUGGACGUGCUUGGCGCUCUACCGAAAUUAGCAGGAAUGGACGUCCUGGAGCUUGGAGGAGGAUCGGGUCGAUAUUCGGGUGAGCUGGCAAAGAGGGCAAAGACGGUGAUAUCGACUGAUUUGAUAGAGUCAUUUUUAAAAGAGAAUGAAGAAAAGAACGGCCCCUCUCAUCCCAACCUCUCCUUUAGAGUAUUGGAUGCUGCCCAGCUGGACUAUCCUCCUGCCUCUUUUGAUAUGAUAUUUACUAACUGGCUCCUAAUGUAUCUUAACGAUCAAGAUACUGAGAGGUUUAUUCAAAAUGCAAUAAUGAUGCUCAGACCAGGUGGGUAUAUAUUCCUAAGAGAGUCUCAUUUUAAACCAGCUGGCCACAGGAUCCAGUCAGUUAAUCCAACCAUAUAUCGAUCAAUGAUGGAAUAUUACGAUUACUUUGCUAAUGUCCGCUACACUGACGAGAAAGGUGACACUUAUUUCUUUGAGUUCCUAAACGGAGGAAACUGUCAGACCUACGUCUAUCGUAAAGCGAACCCAAGCCAAGUCUUCUACUUGUGGCGAAAGACUAAAGUGACUCAAUCCCCUAGCAUGAUAUCGGUCCAAAGACUCUUGGACGAUGCACUGUACUCACCCGAGAAUAUGACUGUCUAUGAGAGUGUGAUUGGGGAUGGGUUUAUGAGCCCUGGUGGUUUGGACUUUUCUAAGGAGUUAUUGAGCAAACUGAACUUAACCUCUGACUCUGUUGUAUUGGACGUUGGCUGUGGACUUGGUGGUCUUGCAUCUUAUUUGAUAAAAGAGUGUGAUGUUGAUUGCGUUGGUUUAGAGCUGUCAAUGGUGGCCAGUCAAGCUUCAAUACUGAGGCUGAACUCACUCUCAGUUAAUAAGGGACGCAUGCACAUUGCUGAUGUAGUACGUACUAAUUUUUCCGAGAGCUCCUUUGAUGCCAUCAUUGCUAGAGAGACUAUUGAAUAUGUUGGAAGGAAGAGUUUACUCUUUAAGAAAGCACUGUCUUGGCUGAAACCAAAAGGGCAACUACUGUUAGGUGAGUAUUGUCUAGGAAAGAUGGAGCCACUGAGUAUAGAGACAGAAGAGAUACUCCACUCAGAAGGAAUGGACUUAUUAACUAUUGAGGACCUCACACAACUGCUCAAGAAUGCUGGCUAUGUUAACAUAAAGACUGAGGAUUAUACUCAUUUAUACGUACAGUACAUUAAAGAGGACCUAUCCAAACUGACACUCACUGAGGGUCUACCAGAAGGAGUAAGGAUUCAUUUUACUAACUUAUGGCAGACUUUGGUCACUGCUUUAAACAACAGAGAGUUAGCUUGGACCCUAGUCACAGCUACAUCUCCUGAUUCUGAAGGACGCUAGCUAGCAGCUGUCAUGCAUGUACUUUUAUAUUUAAUAAAUCAGGCCUAUAAAUAUAUUAUAAUACCUAUGCUGA